GUUACUUUCAAACGUACUCGGUAUAAGUGGAAAACAAGUAUCUUCUCCAGUUAACAGUUCACUACAAUAUGCCAUCUUCAAAAAUUGACUACAAUAUUCUAGAUGCGAUAAAUAUAGAAAGAACGUUUUUAUUGUGUGUCGGGUAUUACCCCCUCCACACCAAAAACAAGGUUUUUUAUCUUCUUCACACCACCUCAUUUCUGUUUUCAAUUAGCGUCGGCGGUGGCCAGUUUUUGUCGAUGUUUAUCCAAAUGAUGAUCGACAUCCAGGAUUUGUCAAAAGUUUCGGAAACUCUUUUCUUUUUUUUGACACACAGUACGUACAUGUGCAAAAUGGUUAACUUUUUAUUUAACAAACGCCGCUUAAUCGAGAUUGAAGAUCAGCUUUCACAACCCGUUUUUUAUGAAUUCCCAAUGGAACGUCUCAAGAUUUUGAUACGAAAAGUCGAAGCUACGAAAACUGUGGCUUUAACUUUUCGAAUAAUGUGUUCGCUAGCGGUAGUUUUGUCUUGUUUGAUGCCUUAUGUUGAUCCUAAUAAGAGACAUAGCUUGCCUUUAUCGGGAUGGUUGCCCUAUAAUACUACCAAAUAUUAUUAUCCAACUGUUGCCUUUCAAGUUACUGCUGUUUGUUACACUGCCGCUAAUAACGUCAACUUCGACAGUCUGACUUGGAUAUUAAUCACUAUAGCGUCUGCAGAAUUUGACAUUUUGAAAGAAAAUUUAAAAAAUUUAGACUACAAAGGCGACAAACUCCGAGUGGGAAAAAAGUUCAACGACUGUGUUAACCAUCACAAAGAAAUCGUCCGUUUUGUCUACAAAAUCGAGUCCACUUUUUCUAAAGGCAUAUUCCUGACUUUUUUAGCAAGUGUGGUGGUCAUCUGCUUCACUGGUUUCAUGAUGAUCAUUGUGCCUUUUUUGGGUCCGCAGUUUAUUUUUUUGGCCGUCUACUUAUCUUGCAUGAUGACUGAAGUUGCGGUGUAUUGUUGGUAUGGUCAUGAUGUCAUGACAACAAGUGACGAAAUUGGGAAUUUUUUUUACACGUCCAAUUGGUAUGAAUCUGACUUGUCGUUGCGCCAAAGCAUGGCGAUUUUUUUGGAAAGGACCAAGAAACCUGUGACUUUGACUGGGGGGAAAUUGGUUGUGUUGUCUUUGCCGACGUUUACGAGUAUUCUGCGUUCGUCGUAUUCGUACUUUGCGGUUUUGCAACAUUUGUAUUACGACUCUUAAGGUAGCUGGUAUUAAUUUCCUGUAGUUGAUGUUUAUAUUACACUGAUGCAACAAUAAUAGUAAAACAAAAUAAAAAUUGUUAUAAUUCUCU